AUGGCUUCAGAUUCGUCGUUGAUGGCUCUUGAGAAACUAUCGAAUGCAUUCCGAAGACCCAGCUUACAAAUUGAAAAAUUCAUGGCUGUAGCACAAGGCGAAACAAGCAAAGAAAAUAGAGCAACGCCAGUGGUCCCAUCACGAAAUCGUUACGGUCGUCCGUAUAUUUCGGGUCGUCCACUUCUCACAUGUGAUCGCCUCAAAAUUGUGGAGUGCUAUCAAAAAGGGAUGAAGAAGAUCCAUAUAGCGAAACAGCUUGGCAUCACACACAGCUGCGUCAGCAAGGUGCUUCGAAGGUAUUCCGAAACUGGUGAAAUAGUUGCAAAAGCUUGUCGAACCGCCUCAUGUUCGUGUCCAGGGUCUGCCGAACAGCACGAUGUUCGAUAUUGUCGACAUCUCCAAGAUAAAACGAAACGGCUAUUCUAUUCCAUUGAAAACAUUCUUCGCAACGAAAAUGUACGAGUGAUUUACUAUUCAAAGUCAAAUAAUAAUCUAUAA